AUGGGCAUCCUAACGAACUGGUAUGAACGUCUCGCGCAGAAGAAGCGGCUGGAGCUGCUCAUGACUCUGGGCAUGUACGAUGAGCGCGUGUACGAGGUCGUGGAGCGGUAUCACUUGGCACCUGACAUUCUCCAGACACUGCCGUCGCCCCUCACCGCCCACUUUUUGGCACGAGGCAUGUGCUACGAUGCCGUCAAUGAGGAGGUCGUUCGAAAUUUUAUUCGUAUUUGUAUGAUGCUGUCCCGCUACCGCACCGUCGAGGAGGCGUCAACGCUAGCCGAGCUAAUCAGCAGCUGCGGGUUGCCCGAGCAGUAUCGGAUUCAGAUGUUCAACUUUAGUGAGACGUAUCGGCACAUGAUUCUCUCGCAUUCCUACUUCCCUCAGCGGGCGGUGCUGCGUUUACUAUCGUACAUAUUCUGUGAUGAUUUUCUCUCCGAUGCAGUGGCGCAGCUGCAGUACAAGUCCGACAUUUUAAACCACGUGAACAAAGUGUACGUCACAACGCCGGACUUUGUGUCGUGGCGCUUCUCCGUCCGGUGCAUGUCCCUGGCUGGCGGCUUUAACGAGGACCGUUCAGACGUUGAGUACACGGAGCUCCUCACGCGCGCUGUGUCGGAGGUGCUGCCUGAGUUUUUCAGCUACUUCCUGAUCACCUUCUUCUACGCCCGCUUUCGCUUGUACCCGCAACGGGUGCGUGGUAUCACUCCGCGGUGGCUGGCGCGGCAGCGUGCCUGCUUUUCUGCCCUUUACUGUGCUCUUCUUGGUACGUACUGCAACUCCAUCUUGGAGUACCGGGUUCACGAGCACCGUGUCCUGUAUGAACUGCGCAAGAGUCGAGAGCUGCGACGACGCCGUGGCGCUGAACGCCGCGGCGUCCCGUACGAAAAAAACCCCUACUUUGACAACCUGGAAGGGGUGACGCGGCACGUGUACACGAUGCAGCUGUCCGCCUACACCUUCACUGGACUUGGUCUCGCAGUCUCGGUGCUUCCCUUGACCUCUGUGAAGUUCCCCAAGUUCAUGGGUGAUGUCGCGUGGCGGCACCCGUUUGUGCCGCGGCUCUUUCCAGCCCUGCUCGGCAUGCACGCCGCCUCGCGCUGUCUCAUCCCCUUUGUUGUAGCACCGUUCACUGCUGUGAGCCUUGCCAAGUACGGCAACUGGGGGACCACCCUAUACGACCGUUACGUCGAGCUCCGCAUGCGGCUUUGGCACCGGAGGGUGGACGUGGCCUUUGACACGUCGACCGAGGUGGAUGAGGUGGAUAUCACUGGGGCUGACGCGAGAAAGAAGUUUUGA